AUGUUGCGCCGCUUCCCGGAGCUCCUCCGCACCGCCUCCACCGCCGCCCUGCUCUCCCGCCGUCUCCCUCAACCGCACCGGCACCUGCUUCCAGCCCUACCCGCACAUCUCCUACCCGCCCCAAGGCCCGCAUCACACUUGUACGCCACCCAGUCAGCGCCGGCGCGGCCACCGCGGGCGCCGCGGCCGCUGCGGACGGCGGGCAGCCUGCUGAGGCUCAACGACCUCCGCGACAACCCGGGGGCGACGAAGCAGAAGACGCGCAAGGGCCGCGGGAUCGGCUCGGGGAAGGGCAAGACCGCCGGGCGUGGGCACAAGGGCCAGAAGGCGCGCGGUACCGCUCGGUUCGGCUUCGAGGGCGGCCAGACCCCGCUGCGCCGCCGCCUUCCCCGCCGUGGUUUCAAGAACCGCUUCUCACUCACGUUCCAGCCUUGUGGACUGGGAAAAAUUGCGAAGCUCAUCAAUGCUGGAAAAAUUGACUCCUCUGAAUUGAUCACAAUGAAGACACUGAAGGAUACUUAUGGCAUUGGUAAGCAAAUAAAGGAUGGAAUUCGGCUAAUGGGCCGUGGUGCAGAAGAAAUUAAAUGGCCGAUUCACCUCGAGGUCUCAAGGGCAACCGCGAGGGCGAAAGCUGCAGUUGAAGCAGCUGGUGGAACCGUAAGAUUGGUCUACUAUAACAAGCUUGGGUUCAGGGCACUUCUGAAACCAGAGUGGUUUGCAAAGAAGGGCCGCCUUAUACCAAAAGCAGCGAGGCCUCCACCCAAGCAACGGGAUAAGGUGGAUAGCAUUGGCCGACUACCUGCCCCGACAAAGCCACUUCCCUUCACAACGGAUGAGUUAGAGUUUAGGGCAAAGCGUGAAGCUGCUAAAGUGAUUGCUGUGUAGAAGGGCUAUUCCUUAUGGGACGAACAAGGAUGCUAAAGUGGCGCACAAACUUGCGGUAAUAACCAGCAAGUCCAAGGAAUUUACGUAAUUCUUUCACAUUAGGAGGGGUCUUCCAUUUCUGCACAUCAGAUAUUUUGCUGGGGUCAGUUCGCACCCCUUCCGCGCUAAUAAUAUGUCCCAGGUACGACACU